AUGAGACACGUCAGAACAAUCAGAGCCAGUAGCCCAAUUGAUGCGAUUGCUCAUUUUGGAGGGAAAGUGGUGGCUGGAUCGUACGAGUACAACUCAGAAACAGGAGAACGCACUGGUGAACUACUUGAAAUACCAAUGAGAGACAACCAAUCUCAUACAACCAGAAUAUCCAAUACAACUGGUACACUAUCACUAUAUGCCACUGAUCAAUAUCUAUAUGCAGCAAAUACAGACAAUAUCACAGUAUAUGAUACUGAUUUCAACGUAGUCUGGUUCCAUCAAACUGAUACGGGUGCAAUCAACACAUUCGUAUUCAGAGGCAUUGAUUGCUUCUACAUAUCAAAUACAGCUGGUAGAAUACUGAUAAUUGAUGAUCAAUACAACAUUAUCAGAGUUGAUGUAUCAACUCAGCCAAUUUGGGUAGUGAAGGAGAUUGGUGGCAAGUUGUACUGUGGCACUGAGAGUGGUGAUCUAUAUCUGAUAGAAUGGGAUUUGAGUAGAAUUCUGAUUGAUGGAAACAGACUGGGAAUAAUUGACGUGGUUGAAUUCAAUGGGAGAAUUCUGGUUUCAGGCUACGAUGAUUUGGUGGUGGAGUAUUCGAUUAGUGAUCAGAGGAGACUGGCUGAAUACACCAUCAAUAAAUCACUAUGGAGAAUGGUGGUCCAGAAUGAUAGGCUGAUUUGUGCAGCAAUGUACGAUGGACUGGUUGUACUGAACAAGAAGUACGAGGUGACUGAUCAGUAUCAGACAGAAUCAAUUGGAUACGGAAUACUGGUGAUGGAUGAUGGAAUACUGAUCAGCUCAUUCUACACAAACACAAUUGAAUUACUAAAAUAG